AUGCGCCACAGCCUUGUCCGCGACCAGUGUCCGACCGCGCGCUGGGCUCCUCCCCCUCCAGGAGUAGUUCUUGUUCCCUCCUCCAGGGUCCGCGUGGCGGGGCGCGCGCGCACUCAGGCUCUGGCUGCCCAUCUCCCAGACCGCGGUGAGAAGGGGAAAAGGAGGAGGCUGGGGCGGGCGUGGGGGCUGUCACCCUCGGACCCUGGCGUGAAAGGGGCUGUGCGGCCGGACGUCCUCGGGGUGGGCCCCCUGUCCGUGGCCGAAGCCGGGCUCAGGCUCCUGGGUCCCGAAUUUCCGGGCUUGGUUCCUCGCUUCUGAAAUAUCCGGCAUCAGCCCCUCAGAUUGCAGAUAUCUGGGACUCGGGUCCCAACUCUAAACCUAGGGCUCUGUUUCAUUGGAUUUCAAAUAUCUGGUUCAGGCCCCUCGGUGCACCAGUAUCCGGGGUUCAUUCCCCAGGCUUUCAAAUACCGGAUUCAGUCCCCGCGCUCAAAUAUCCGGGGUUCAGACCCCACAGUCAGAAAUCCGGGAUUCAGCAACUGUCGCCCUCGAGGAGGAGGAGGACUGGACCGCGAGGUCAGAUCAGGUUGUCACCCCCUCCCCUCCAGGGGAGGCUUCCCUGGUCCGCCCCUCAGGAAGGGCGAAAGCCGAGGAAGAGGUGGCGAGGGGAAGGAUCUCCUUGCCCCUCUCCCUGCUUGGCAGAGCCGCUGGAGGACCCCAGGAGAAGGCGGAGGCGCUGGGGCACCAUAGUGACCCCA